AUGAGUACCGGCGAGGCCCGAGAAUACGGUCCCGAUACGAAACCGGCCAUUUAUGCUUUGCCGACGGCUGGCGGCCAGUCUGAUUGUUUACCAUGGCGCCCAAUCUGUCAUUGUUCGUGCGAAUUUGGUCCCGUACACUUUGAUGACGCCAUGGUUAAUGCUGUUAAAAACCCAAACCUCUUGUCUAGCUGGCUCUUCCGGGCGGAUAUAUUAUCCGAGAUCGAACAGGAUCAGGCCGAGGUGUGCCCUGUGCAGGGGGAAUCCACGCUGCCUCGGUGUCCGGAUCUACAAGGGUUCAGACUCGAAAGAGCGUAUCUUCGACGAAUCAUCCCCCGAAACACCAAGAGGGACCGUCCAAUGAUUCAAAGCUGCACUUUUUAUGUGGAAUCCACGCCAGAACCAUAUACAAGCACUAGGAGAAGUCUCGUGCUCUAUCUUCCUCAUCUGGAUUGCGCAGAGGACUUUCCCUUUUAUCACCCCCAAGUCCUAGGUGUUGGUCUGCUUCACGACUGGAACUAUGAGGAGGGCAAGGGCACCUUCUCUGUCCACUACCAGUUGUUUGCCGGGGGGUCAAUGACUCCUAGACUGCAAAGCACAGCGCUGAACAUGCUCUCAAUACUACACAAACUUGGUCAAGGGCAACUCAACGGCUACGUUAAGCGAGUACAUCAUGACAGACUAGUUCCUCAGUCAGCACUCCAAGACAGAUACUCGGGUCUCAGGGAUCGCUAUGCCAGGGAGCUUGUCAAGGGAUGGUCAGAAUCUACAGACCCCAUGAAGCACGUAUUUGAAGACCUCUGCAUAGCCGCUUUCUUGAUUGAACUCUGGGCAGAGAUGUAUAAAGCAAUCGAAUUCCCAGGCUUUGUGGACAUUGGCGCCGGGAAUGGCCUCCUGGUCCACAUCCUGAACCUGGAAGGCUACCGUGGCUGGGGUUUCGACGCUAGGGCGCGGAAAUCUUGGCGUGUCUACAACCGUCUUCAACCAGAUGGGCGGCCAACUCUGCAGGAAUUGGUCCUAAUACCGUCAAUCGCUGGUCAGGAAGGCUCCUCAAGUAAAAAUGACGUAGAAGUCUCGCCACAGACCGUGGGGAUCCACGAUGGCGUUUUCCCCGAAGGAACCUUCAUUAUAUCCAACCAUGCAGACGAAUUGACCCCCUGGACGCCGCUGCUCGCCACGGCUUCUGGGUGUCCGUUCAUAGCCAUCCCAUGCUGCAGUCACAACUUGACCGGCGCCAGGUUCCGGGCCCCGCCGCCAACUGACAAGAGCAAGUCGCACUCUGCUUAUUCGAGUCUUGUAGCUUGGGUUUCCGAUAUCGCCGUCGACUGCGGGUGGGAAGUAGAAACCGAGAUGUUGCGGAUACCUAGUACAAGGAACGCGGCCAUAGUCGGAAGGCAUCGCACAGUUGAUACCACCGAGGUGGCCAUCGACCAAGUUAUUGCCAGGUACGGGGGUUCUGGUGACUACCGUGAGAACGCCAUGAAACUUGUCAAGUCUACCUCUCCACGGGGACACUAG